AUGAAGAAGCACAUUGACUCCCUGGCUCACAAUGAAUUCCGGUCGCUGCUGUACUACACCACUUCAGAACAAGUAUUCGAGGAGAGAUGGAGGGCAUUCGUCGAGAAGCACCAGACGGAAUUAACCAAAGAAUGGAUGAAGAGGAUGUAUAGGAGGAAGAAGUUGUGGUCAGCCGCGUAUCUAGCGAAUGGAUAUUUCCUCGGAAUGAAAAGCAACCAGAGGAGCGAGAGUUUGAACUCCACCCUACACACCCACCUUGACUUUGGACUGACAAUGGUGGAUAUGGUUGUGCACUACGAGAAUAACAGUAGCCGUGUCCGGGAGGAAGAGGCCCGCCAGGACACCAUAGACUCUCAGACAGUACCGGUUGCAGUUACCAGGUACAAGGAUAUAGAGAUGUCUGCUGCCCGUAAAUUCACUGCUACAAACUUCUACCUCGUUCAAGGGGAGCUGAAAAAGAUUGGGGGCCUAGAGAUUGUAGAUCAACUUGGAUGUGCUGGUGGGUUAACAACCUUCGUUGUGUCAUGGAUGAAUAACCGUAAGUAUUUGUUUUCAGUGGAGUACAGACCUGAAAGCAAAGAGGAAACAAUAACGUGCAACUGCCGAAGGAUGUAUCGGAAAGGGCUACCUUGCAAGCACAUCUUGUUUGUUUUGCAUUUUGUGGGGUGCUCUGAAAUUCCGAACUGUUGUGUUCUCCGAAGGUUCUCGAAGGAUGCAAGGUAUGGUUUGCCCUCGAGACGCGAGAGUGAUUUGUACGGAUGGGGAUGGGAAGGGGUAGCUGAGCGGAGAAAGCAUAGCGAGCUUACCCAAAUUGGAGCAGAAGCUUUUGAUGCAGCAUUGCAUGACCCAGAAUCUUACAGCGAGCUUAUGAAAUGUAUGAAAGGCAUAAUACACAGGAGAAAAGGUGACCAGAACAGUCAUUCAACGGCUUACCAUGAGGACGCACAAAACAGAGGAGAUGCACCAGUAGUGGGUGAUCCUGAUAAAGCUGAGACCAAAGGAGCACCUAAACAAAACAAGAAGUACUAUAAGGACAAGGAUACGAAUCAACAGACGUCAAAACAUGGCAGGAUACUGUCACACGACGAGCGGAAGAAGGAGAGGUUGUGCACUGCUUGCAAUCAACCAGGUCAUAACAGAAACAACAAGAUGAAGUGCAGGCUACAUAAGGAGUGA